AUGACACCACUUGAAAUGAACAAUCAGACAGAUGUCACUGAAUUCAUCUUCUUGGGAUUUUCCAACCACCCCAAACUACAGGGCUUGUUCUUCCUGCUUUUCUUGCUCAUUUACCUGACAACACUCCUGGGGAACAUGCUCAUAAUAACAGCCACUAGAAUCAGUCCUGCUCUCCACACUCCAAUGUAUUAUUUCCUCAGUAACCUGAGUUUCUUGGACAUCUGCUAUACAUCCACCACCAUCCCGGUCAUGCUGGUGAACUUCUUCCGGGAGAAGAAGACCAUCUCGUAUGAGGGCUGCCUUUCCCAGAUUUUUUUCCUCGUGACAUGUGCUGGCACUGAGGGUGUCUUAUUGGCCACCAUGGCUUAUGAUCGCUAUGUAGCCAUUUGCCACCCUCUUCAAUAUCCAGUCCUCAUGCAUGUGAAGGUCUGUGUUUUUUUGGUGACUGGGUCCUGGCUGUGUGGGCUGGUGAAUUCUGUGACACACACGGUGCUGGCAGCCACACUCACUCUCUGUGGGCCCAACCAAAUCAGCCACUUUCUCUGUGACAUUCCUCUGCUCCUGAAGCUCUCCUGUUCAGACACCUCUCUCAAUGAGUCUGUGCUCCAUGUGGCGAGUGCCACCAUUGGCCUGAGCCCCUGCCUGUUCACUGGGGUGUCCUACAUCCUCAUCAUCUCUUCCAUCCUUAGGAUUCCCUCUGCUCAAGGCAGGAGCAAGGCCUUCUCUACCUGUGCAUCCCACCUCACUGUGGUAGUGGUCUUCUUUGGAACAGCCAACUUCAACUAUGACAGACCCAACAUAGGCUACAACCUGGACAUGGAUAUCCUGGUCUCUGUGCUCUUCUGUGUCAUCACCCCCAUGUUGAACCCCAUCAUAUACAGUCUGAGAAACAAGGAGGUCAAGUGUGCUCUGAGGAAGCUAGCUAGGUAA